GCGUCCUCACCACUUCGCGCUGAGUAAACCAGUGCGCCCUGGGGAAGGCCACGACGCCGGUCGGUGGUCGUAUUCCCUGAUGCAGACAACCGACCGCACGCUGGCGGGGCUCCGGCUUCCACCGCACGACCCGGGGACGCCGACGCUGUCCGUGGUGGACAUGCACACGGGCGGCGAGCCCCUGCGCAUUGUGCUAGGGGGAUGUCCGGCGGUGGUGGGCCCCACGCUGCUGGCCAAGCGGCGCUACAUGCGCCAGCAUCUUGACUACGUGCGGCGACGGCUGAUGCACGAGCCCCGGGGACACCGGGACAUGUACGGGGCCGUGCUGGUGCCGAGCGAGCUACCUGACGCGCACCUGGGCGUCUUGUUCCUGCACAACGAAGGCUACAGCUCCAUGUGCGGUCACGCCGUGCUGGCGCUGGGCCGCUUCGCCCUCGACUUCGGCCUGGUGCCAGCACCUCCGGCCGGCGCCCACGAGGCCCGUGUCAACAUCCACUGCCCGUGCGGGCUGGUGGCCGCCUUCGUGGAGUGCGAGGGCGGCCUCAGCCGCGGCCGGGUGCGCUUCCACAGCGUCCCGGCCUUCGCGCUGGCCACAGAUCUGCUGGUGGAUGUUCCUAGGCACGGACAGGUGGUAGUGGACAUUGCAUAUGGUGGUGCGUUUUAUGCGUUUGUCAGCGCCGAGAAGUUAGGACUGGAUGUUGGUUCCGCGAAGACGAGGGACCUUGUGGAUGCAGCAAGUGCAGUGACAGAAGCAGUGAAAGCUCAGUUUAAAAUUACUCAUCCUGAUAGUGAAGACCUUGCCUUUCUAUAUGGAACUAUAUUAACGGAUGGAAAAGACACUUAUAGUGAGGAGCCAACCACCAACAUUUGUGUGUUUGCGGAUGAACAGGUUGACAGAAGUCCUACCGGCUCAGGAGUGACAGCCCGCAUUGCCUUACAGUAUCACAAAGGGCUCCUGGAGCUGGACCAGACCAGAGCCUUUAAAAGCAGUGCAACUGGGUCAGUGUUCACAGGGAAGGCCGUGAGGGAAGCAAAAUGCGGUGAUUAUAAUGCUGUUAUAGUGGAAGUGUCCGGGCGAGCCCACUACACGGGUACAGCGAGUUUCACUGUAGAAGCCGAUGACCCACUGCAGGAUGGAUUUCUUCUCAAGUGACUUCUGUGACUUUGAAGACCUUUCUUUUUCAAGCAGUUGUUUUCUUGAAGUAAUUUUUUUCUUAAUUAUGUGGAAACCUAUAUCCAAAUUGUACAUGUAAGCCAACUUCCAUUCUUUCUAAAAUAGGACACUGUGGCUAAAUAUAAAGUCAUUAUACCUCAUCUUUGCCUAUAUUAGGCAUAAAUCUCAUGUCUAGCAACACAAUGUCUAGCAACACAAUGCCAACAUAAUUUUCUAGUUACUAACAUAUCAGGUAAAAUAAAACCUUAGUUCUUGUUUUAAAAAUUACUCUAUGGUAAUUAUUAUAAUACUGUUUCUAAAUGUUCUUGGCAUAAUAAGCUUGAAUUGUCACCCUCAAAACAAUGAGGGCUCUUACCAGUUCAUUAUUUUAGUCUUCCAGUUUUUGAGUGAGAUAAUGCCCUCUCCCUAAGGUGUUGGUGAGGAGAAUGCGUUAUCGUUAUAAGGUACUCAAGCCCUGACGUCCACAGCCUGGGAAGGAGUGGGUUGGGCCAGCUUCUCUGGGUACCUGUUACAGUCGCGGCCAGGCGUUCUCCGUCUGGCAAACGCCAGCUUUACUGAGGGAACUGAGUUCCAUAAACUGAUGUGAGAAGACCAACCUAUAGUUACACUUUUGCUAUAUCUUUAAGGCUCUUAUGAAAGGGACUGUGUGUGACAAUGUCGAAAUAAGGGUCCGUAGUAGUGAGUCACUACAGUGGGACAAGUCUCUCACUCGACCAACUACACGCCAGCUAAAUCGAAAACAUGAAAGAAAUGUUAACUCUUGGUAUCCUUGCUAGUAAAUUGUCUAUGACCCUGUUAAAAAUAAAUUUGAUCAUUA